UAGUUUGACAUCUCAGAGCCAACAUGGCGUCAUCACGCGCCCAGUUUCACGGAGCCUGCGAUCUGUUCCGCUGAAGACCAGCAACUGCUGACUGACACUGAGCACUAUCAUGGCGGAGGCUGGACAGGCGGAAUCAGAGCAGGACAUCGAGAGCAAGAUCGAAGAAACACGACAGAGGUUUAAAAGCGAGUAUGUUGAGGAAUCCCAAGACAAAUAUGACAGCAGAGACUUGGAGAAACUUCAGAAAGAUGACGCUCUGGUCGAAGGCUACCUCACAUGGAGGCAUUUUGUGGUGGAAGACACCUUGAAGAUGAUCGACGAGAGCUUGCAGUGGAGGAAAGAGUUUAAUCUGAACGAUCUGGUGGAGAGCAGUAUUCCCAGGUGGAUGUUCGAGAGCGGCGCGGUUUACCUUCACGGCUAUGACAAAGAAGGAAACAAACUCUUCUGGUUCAGAGUGAAACUCCACGUUAAGGAUGCCAAGACGAUACUGGAUAAGAAGAAGUAUGUGGCGUUCUGGUUGGAGCGCUACGCCAAACGUGAGCCUGGAAUGCCGCUGACGGUCGUGUUCGACAUGUCUGAGUCUGGACUCAGUAAUAUAGAUAUGGACUUUGUGAAAUAUAUCAUUAAUUGCUUCAAAGUGUACUAUCCAAAGUUUCUUUCCAAAAUGAUCAUGUACGAGAUGCCUUGGAUCAUGAAUGCUGCCUGGAAGAUAGUGAAGACGUGGCUCGGCCCUGAUGCCAUCAGUAAGCUCAAGUUCGUCACCAAGAGUGACAUCCAGACGUACGUCGACCCCGAGCACCUUCCACCGCACAUGGGAGGAACGGACCAAUUCAAGUACAGUUAUCCACCUCUGCCUGACGACGACUUCCAGUCUCCGAUCUGUGAAAACGGUCCAAUCGUCAGCGAGGAUGAGAGUGACAUCAAGGAUAUAGAGUCAGAGUCCAAAGACACUCUCGAGUCCAGUUUCAAUUCUGAGCAAUCCAUCAAACCAAAGAAGGUGAAUUUCAUUGAAGACGGUCAGAAGUCAGAUGAGCUUGACCGAGGAGAACCUGGACGACUGAGAGGAGCUAGAAAACCUACAACUACAUUUAAGGGCACAUUACUGCACAUCAGUCCAGCAGAGGAGCUCAGCUUCGGUGCUAAAGAAUCAGACAAGAAGUGUUUGAUCAUCCUCAACAACGUGACCAAAAACCACGUGGCCUUCAAGGUGCGGACGACAGCUCCAGAGAAGUACCGGGUGAAGCCCAGUAACAGCAGCUGUGAGCCUGGAGCCAGUGUGGACAUCGUGGUUUCACUUCAUGGAGGUUUCCAGGCGUCGCCGCAGGACCGGUUCCUGGUCAUGGCAGCAGAAAUGGAGAGCGGCACUGGAGCCACCAUCCCAGAGUUAUCUCAGUUCUGGAAGGAGGUUUCAAGAGCCAAAAUCAUGGAGCACAGGCUACGCUGUCACGUCCUAGAGAGUCCCAAAUCUAUUCUGAGCAACUCAUUUGAUAGUCCGUCGGUGACGCCCACCAAUGACCAGCAGGAUCUGCAGACGACGCUGAUGCGCGUUAUGGUGACGAACUCGCGGCUGGAGCAGAAGCUGGAGAUGUGUUUAUGGAUGCAGAAGGUUCUUCUGCUUCUGCUGUCGUUUCUUUUGGCCCUCAGCUUUACUACUGCCUACUCACUGUGGACGUCAUGAGAGCGGUCUGACGCGUUAAAGACCGACACGCCUCCGCCGCUCCACCAGACGGACCUCAGGACGUCCGUUCAUCGGGUCACUGUGCGCUUUUAACAUGAAGUUGUCAUGCAGAACUGGCCGAACAGACGCUGGACAACAGAGCUAAAAGCUACAUAAUGUAUUUUUAUCACUCGCUCUCAGAGAAUAAACCACGGUUUAAUUUAUGAAACAUGUUGUGUAAAAUUCUGAAGAUCAUGCAAAUGUAAUUAACUCAGUUUGAUUUUAAUAUAUAUAGUAUUUUAUAAAAGUAUGAAUGUAUGAAAAAUAAAAUGACACUUUUUGUCGACACUUUUAUCACUA